AUGGUGACCGAGCGGGAGUUGGCCAAAAUUCGUGAUGAGGGGUUCAGUUGCCGCUACAACCUGCCGUGCAGAAGAUACUGGCCCAGAUUGGGCCAAUACAAUCCUAACUUUUGGGUGGCCUUGAUAGGAGUGAUCGUGGGGUUCGGUGUUGUCGGGGAAGGGGAGCCUUCCUAUGAGCAAUUCUCCUAUCUGUACAACGUCACGAAGUCCAAGAGUGCCGAUCAUGGAGGCUGGGUUCAGGCCAACUGCUUAAAGGCUUCCGAACGGGGGUACUUUGUCAGUGCCGUGCCGACUUCUCAGAAGUCGUGGAGGAGUCGGCGGGUGCCUCUAUCUGGUGACUGGGAAUCGCCAUCGGGAACGCCCGUCCGUUUUCACGUUCCCACUACUUUCCAGAAUGCCGGAAGCAAACUGAAGCAAUCGAUUCCAACUCAAUUAGAGAUUCGGCAGAUUGACAGAGUGAGGUUGAAGGGGAAGAAGAAAAAUCGACAGCCGGAAGCAGCCCCGAUGCCAUCGGCAAUGGUUGAUCCGGAGGAUCAAACUCUUGCUGAUCAUCUCCGGCAGCUCAAUGUCGAGUCAAUGCCUUGGGGUGUGGCCGAGGCCGGCUCAACGCCGGGCCGUGGGCAGACUACCGAGGCCGCUGGUAAAAGGCCGAUAACGGUAGAUUUCGACAUGGAGCUGGUGCCAAAGUGCAGGCAACAGACGAAGGUGCCGAGGGCUAUCCUUGUUGAUGAGGACGACGACACCCCUGCCGAUCCGGUCACCAUCAUCUGUCCAUCGAAGACGAUCCAAUUCGCGAACCACAUGAUCCUCGGUUCGCAAAUGGAGCUGUUUGAGAUUAACGAGCUCUCGAAGAGGCUCCUUCAGGAGGAAGCCGGACGUGCCUUCCGUCUACAGGCCUUGGUGUUGAUGGACAUGUGGCUGUGCAUGAAGCGGGCCAUCACUACUGCCGAGCGCGCUAAGAAGGUUUAUGAGGAUGGCCGUGCGAAGGUGGCCGAGGCAAGCAAGGCUCUUCAGGACCACGCUAAUCUCCUCAAGGACAAACAAGCUGCCGAACGGCAAGUCACAGCUUCUGAAGCCAAACUUGCGGAGAUGAGGGCGGCUCUGGAGGCUGCUUUGGUGGUGGCAAAGGAAUCCGAGGCGGCUAAGGGAGCAGUGCAGGCGAUCAAAGGCUACCGUUCAUCUGAAGAGUUCACCGUCCUGCUGGAUAGUGAGGUGUCGGAGAUGGCAGAUCUCCUUUAUCGCUUCAAACGAUACAACCCCGGGCAGAAGUUGAACCUGAAUUUCAUUGCUGAUUCUCCUCCUCUACAAGAAGGCGUUACUGAGGAGAUGAUUGAAGAAUAUGAGGGGGAGGACGCUCCGGAAGAAGCCUCUGCUGCCGAGGGUCCUGUUGCUGCUGAAGGAGCCCCUGCCGAUGCCACUGCCAACAAGGAGGCUGCCGUGUGA